AUGCAGUGUUCGGAGAAAAAUUGUGGUAAAUCUUACCAUCUUGCGUGUCUUGGAUUGGGGAAGGAAAAGCUGGAGGCUACCACAGGGGAAAGUGGAAGUAAAUGGCUAUGCCCAGAGUGCACGAGCAUUAUCCCUAAAGGUGGUAAUUUGAACACGCCAGUACGAGGACCCAAGCAAGUGAAUAAGGAACCAGUUACACCUAGCUACGUCAAUAUCAAGCGAGGUGGUGGCGGCGGUCCGACUACCGUUGAUUCUAUAGUAGUAGAAAAUGAGAUACUGAAAGAGUUAAGAGCGUUGAGAUAUGAUUUUAAUUGUCGACUAGAUAGACAAGCAAAGGAGUACGACCUACUUCAAAAGAGAUUUGUUGUUACGGAAAACGAAUUACAAAAAGUACAAAAGAUUUUGGAGGUAGUUCAAGAAAAAGUAAAUAAAAUAGAUCUUUUAGAGGCUAAUAUUAAAAUAUUAGAAAAGAAAAAGGAAGAACUAGAAUCAAUUUGUAAUAUGGAGAAAAGUCAGCAGUCAGCAGUCCAGCAGCCGGAAAAGUCAGUUUUAACGUUUGCAAAUGUUGCAAAGAAACAAACUCAAAAGAAGGCAGCGGAUAAUAAAAGUGUGGCCAUGAAACCCACGGAGCCGAUUGUGCACAAACAAUGUAUUGUGAUAGAUUCACAAAAUGAUCUAACGGAUAUUACUAUUCAAAAAGAAAAUAAAAUGGAAACUAAGUAA